ACAAGCAACUUCUCUUGUUUCUUUCCCUUCUCUUUGAACACAUUUCCCUUAGCUACUACAUAAAGGACUAACCCUUUAACAUAUAACAACAAGUACACCACAUAAAGUUGAAAAAAGCGGUUCAUGGACAAGAAAAAGUCAGUAUCAGGUUCCUCCUCAUCCUCAUCUUUCGAUCAUCUUUUUGGUCCAAGAGUCUCUUCCUCGUCUUCUUCAUCAACAACAGGGUUGUUCCAAUCCAUUUUCCCACCACCCUUAAUGGGGACGCAAGCGGACUUGGCAAAUCCAAAUGGAGCGGCUAUAUAUCAACCUCCAGGUUUGGGGAUUCCAAAUGAAAGAGGAGAAAGGAGAAAAAACAAGGAGAGAAAGCGUUACCAAAAUGAAGAAACACAACCACCAUGCAACUUGAGCUCAUCCAUAUAUUAUGGAGGCCAAGACAACUAUUCCUCCUCAACACAACCACAAUCAACAACCAAUCCAGAUGUUUAUAAGAAAGAUGGAGACGAAGGCGAUUCUGAAAGUGCUUCAAGAGGAAAUUGGUGGGAGGGAUCGCUUUAUUACUAGUUAUCAAUCAUAGCCGAGAUGCAAUAUAAGCAAAGUGAUAUGUUUUGAUACAGAUUACGUGAUCAGUUUGCAGGAACCUUAAUCAAGUGAAGUAAGAUGGAAGUUGACGUUCUGAAAUAUACCUAGAAAAAAAAUAAAAAAUAUAUAUAUAUAUAUACAUACAUAAACUAAAGCAGUAAUGUAAGAGUAUAUACAGCUGGCUUAAAAGAAAGCGAGAAAAAAAUAAUUCUCAUAUAGUAUCUAGUGUGUAUUAUAGUUUAAGAUGAAAUUAACGUUUAUCAAAAAGUCUUUGUAUUUAGUUUGAUAUGAACUUCAGUA